AUGACGGAGGAGGGAUCGGAGAGGGAGAAUGGGGGGCUAGGGUCGAUGGACUCGAUGGAGUCCCGCUGGGUGUAUCAAGAUGAGGAGGGGUCUGAGAUCGACAACGAUGGAAAUGACCAACGUGGCGUCGGUGGCAACGAGUCGCCGCAGCGGGAUUCCGAAGACGAGGAUAAUGCGGAGCAGAGGUUGAUUCGCACGGGGCCGCGGAUUGAUUCGUUUGAUGUUGAAGCGCUUGAAGUUCCCGGCGCCCAGAGAAGUGAUUUUGAGGACAUCAGUUUAGGCAGGAGAAUCAUACUGGCCUUUCAGACACUUGGAGUCGUUUUUGGUGAUGUGGGGACUAGUCCGUUAUAUACUUUUAGUGUGAUGUUCAGCAAGGCACCAGUUAAUGAGAACGAAGAUGUUCUUGGUGCAUUAUCCUUAGUUUUGUACACCUUAAUUCUGAUUUCACUGAUCAAGUAUGUACUUAUUGUUCUUUGGGCAAAUGACGAUGGUGAAGGUGGUACAUUUGCUCUGUACUCUUUGAUUUGUAGGCAUGCUAAAGUUAGUCUGCUGCCCAACCAACUGCCUUCAGAUGCUCGCAUAUCAAGCUUCAGACUUAAGGUGCCAUCAGCUGAACUUGAGAGGUCCUUGAAAAUAAAGGAGAGACUUGAAGCUUCUUUGACACUCAAGAGGCUUCUUCUGAUGUUGGUUCUUGCUGGUACUUCUAUGGUGAUAGCUGAUGGUGUUGUUACACCAGCUAUGUCAGUUAUAUCUGCUGUUGGCGGCCUGAAAGUUGGAGUUUCCAUCGAGCAAGAUCAUGUGGUGAUGAUCUCGGUUGCUUUUCUUAUAAUUUUGUUCAGCGUACAGAAGUAUGGAACGAGUAAAGUGGGGAUUGUGGUUGGUCCAGCUUUGUUUAUAUGGUUUUGUUCUCUUGGGGGUAUUGGCAUAUACAACCUUGUCAAAUAUGAUACUAGUGUUCUGCGGGCAUUUAAUCCAAUUCAUAUCUACUAUUUCUUCAAGCGCAAUUCAACCAAGGCUUGGUAUUCACUAGGGGGCUGUCUUCUUUGUGCAACAGGUUCCGAGGCAAUGUUUGCAGAUCUUUGCUAUUUUUCUGUAAGAUCAGUGCAGCUUACGUUUGUGUUGCUUGUAUUACCUUGCCUCCUCUUGGGUUACCUGGGUCAAGCCGCUUAUCUCAUGGAGAACCAUGCUGAUACAACACAGGCUUUCUUUUCUUCUGUUCCAAGUGGGGCUUUCUGGCCUGUCUUCCUCAUAGCUAAUGUAGCUGCAUUGAUCGCUAGUAGGGCUAUGACGACAGCGACAUUCUCUUGUAUAAAACAAUCCACAGCACUUGGUUGCUUUCCUCGUCUUAAAAUUAUUCAUACCUCGAGGAAAUUCAUGGGACAAAUCUAUAUUCCAGCGAUGAAUUGGUUUCUACUGGCUCUGACUCUGAUUUUAGUCUGCAAUAUCUCAAGUAUUUAUGAGAUUGGAAAUGCAUAUGGCAUUGCUGAACUUGGAGUCAUGAUGAUGACUACAAUCUUGGUAACCCUUGUGAUGAUUCUUAUAUGGCAGAUAAAUAUUAUCAUUGUGCUGAGUUUUGCUACAAUUUUCUUGGGGUUGGAGUUGACUUUCUUUUCUUCAAUUUUGUGGAGUGUGGGGGAUGGAAGUUGGAUCAUACUGGUGUUUGCUAUUUUCAUAUUUCUAAUAAUGUACAUCUGGAACUAUGGGAGCAAGCUAAAGUAUGAAACAGAGGUGAAGCAAAAGAUGUCAAUGGAUGUGCUGCGCGAACUAGGUCCCGAGUUAGGAACUGUUAGAGCUCCUGGCAUUGGGUUGCUCUAUAAUGAACUGGCAAAGGGGGUACCUGCUAUAUUCGGCCAUUUCUUAACCACUCUACCAGCUGUGCAUUCAAUGAUUAUAUUUGUUUGUAUAAAGUAUGUUCCUGUAUCUGUUGUGCCUCAAAGUGAAAGGUUUCUGUUUAGGCGAGUCUGUGCCAAAAGCUACCAUAUAUUUCGUUGUGUUGCCAGAUAUGGCUACAAGGAUGUCCGCAAGGAAAACCACCAGACCUUUGAGCAAUUGCUGAUCGAGAGUCUUGAGAAGUUCAUUCGCCGGGAAGCUCAGGAAAGGUCCCUGGAGAGUGAUGGUGACGAGGAUUCGGAUUCUGAAGAAGAGCAUGCUGUCUCUAGAAUUCUAAUAGCUCCCAACGGGAGUGUCUAUUCACUGGGUGUCCCACUCCUGACCGAGUUUAAGGAUACAAGCAAGUUCAUUUUAGAAGCUAGCACAUCAGAAGAGAAGCCAGAGCCUUCCACUGAUCAAAUUGCUGUUGAUGCUGAGCAAAGUCUUGAAAAGGAGCUAUCCUUCUUACGCAAGGCAAAGGAGUCUGGUGUUGUAUAUCUUCUUGGCCAUGGAGAUAUUAGGGCAAGGAAGGAAUCGUGGUUUAUCAAAAAGCUUGUCAUUAAUUAUUUCUAUGCUUUCUUAAGAAAGAACUGCAGGAGGGGGACUGCAAAUUUGAGUGUUCCGCACUCGCAUCUGAUACAGGUGGGCAUGACAUACAUGGUCUGA